AUGGAGGUGGUGCUGCAGAUGGUGAUGCUGCUGGAUAUGGUGCUGUUGUUGGAGAUGGAGAUGGUGCUGCUGCUAAAUCUGCUCGCUGCUCACACACUCCAAAGAAGUCACAAAAAAGAACUCAAAAAGUGGACACCAAAAAAUCUUUCAGUUGCGCUUCAGUGUGGAAAGUGUUUUACAUGUAAAGGAAGCCUCAGGGAUCACACAAGAAUCCACACUGGAGAGAGACCUUUCACGUGCAAUCAUUGUGGAAAGGGGUUUAAACAAAAAGGAAGUCUUACAGAGCAUGUACGAAUUCACCUUGGAGAGAAGCCUCACAAAUGCCAUCAUUGCAACAAGGGAUUCAGACAAAAAGGAAGCCUUAAAGAACACAUAAGAAUUCACACUGGAGAGAAGCCUCACAAAUGCCAGCAGUGUGGGAAGAGUUUCACACAUAGAUCAUACUUAAAUAGUCACUCAACAACUCAUUCUUCUGAGAAGCAUUUUUUCUGUGCUCAGUGCGGAAAAGGUUUUGCUCAUAUGGGACACCUGAAAUCACAUGAAAUUGUGCAUGCUGACGUGAAGCCAUUUCAUUGUGCUCCAUGUGGCAUGAGUUUUUCUCAACCGAGUGCUUUAAAAAGGCAUUUAAAUUCAUUUAAACAUAAUAAAUAUAGAUGCCUAGAAAAAUUCAUGGUCCAGAGUUUACAGUCAAGUCAUACUGUGCCCUAACACUUAAGUAAUUAGUGUGAAAAUCAGAUAAACCCAAAAGUUUAAAUGUCUCUCAAAAGAGCAUUUUCAUGUAAGAGGGUGAUAUGCAGAAAUCUAUUUUCUGCAGGGACGAUCAAAUUAUAUUUUGGAAAACUUGUCUUUUGCUGUGAAAUGCCAAAAAUGUUUUAGUAGUAAAUAUUAUAUACAUUGUGACAAAUGAUUUAUGACCAAAUAGGUGUACAUUUGACCUUUGCUUCCUCUUCCUCCCUCCCUCAGGCUGUUGUACAUGAUAUGGUAUGAUGUGUUUGAUCUGGUGUUAUGACCUUCCUCUGAACUAAAAAUAGUCAUUAAAUAAUACAUUGUAAUCAUAGAGAUGUUUUUCAAAACAUGAUAAAGUAAUGUGUGUGGGGUCAUAUUAUUAUUGUAAGACAUCAAAAGUAGUAUUACAUUUAAGUGUGUUUAUGUAUAUUUAAUGGUGGGCAAUGCUUGGUAAUGCUUGGUGACAAAACUGAGGUGAUAAAAUGAUGCUUGGUAUAAGAUUGUUUUUUUUACUUGUAACAAAGUGGUGAAAAUGUGUUUGUAAAACUUGAUUUUGACUGUGAACCAAACUUUUUGAAUUUAUUGAAAGGAUAGCCCCUUGAGAUGUAACAUCUCAUUUUCAAGGGGGUCCUAUUCGUCAUUUUAAAAUGACAAAUAAACUGUUUAACGAAGACAAAGUGUUAUUUUACUUCUAACAGAGGAGAAAAUGUGUUUUUUUUUUUAAAACAAAAUUUAUCAAGUUGUCAAGCACAACAAUGUCUCUUUAAAAUUAUGAA